GGGAUCGUUUAUGCGCAGCCGCAGUAGGGGUCUGGCCACCGCUCCCGGGAGAGGCGCCUAGCGGCUCAGCCUUUGUUGCGCUGUGACCUCCGCUGACCUCAGGAGCAGUCGGCAGGACGCCGCGAAUCCUCGGAAGCAGAGAAAUGGACUUAAUGACCUUUGAGGAUGUAGCAGUGAACUUCACCCUGGAGGAGUGGGCUUUGCUGGAUCAUUCCCAAAAGGAUCUUUACAGAGAAGUGAUGCUAGAAACCUUCAGGAACCUGACCUCUGUAGGAAUACAAUGGGAAGACCAGAACAUUGACAAUGAAUACAAAAAUUGUAGAAGAAAUCUAAGAAGUCAAGUGAUAGAGAGACUAUGUGGAUAUAAAGAAGGUAGUCCAUAUGAAGAAAUCUUCAGCCAGAUUUCAGAUCACAUUGUGAAAAAGAAAACUCCUGCUUUAAAACCAUGUGAAAGCCCUGUAUGUGGAGAAGUGACCAUUGGUCAUUCAUCCCUUAAUGGGCACAUCACAUCUGAUUUUGGACAUAGACUAUAUGAGUAUCAGGAAAAAUCCUAUGAACAUGAAGAACAUGAUGAAAUCUUUAACUGGACCAAUCUCAUUCAAAACUAUGAAAUAACUCAUACUGGGGAGAAACCCUAUGAAUGUAAGCAACAUGCAGAAGCCUGUAGGAGCUCCAGUUAUGUUCAGAUACAUGAAAGAACUCACAAUGGAUUAAAACUCUAUGAAUGUAAGCAAUGUGGGAAAGCCUUCAGGAGUUCCAGUUAUGUUCAGAUACAUGAAAGAACUCACAAUGGAGUGAAACCCUAUGAAUGUAAGCAAUGUGGGAAAUCUUUCAGCUGUUCCAGUUACAUUCGAAUACACGAAAGAACUCACACUGGAGAGAAACCCUAUGAAUGUAAGCAGUGUGGGAAAAUGUUCACUUAUCUCCAGAGUGUUAGAAGACACAUGAUAAUGCACAGUGGUGAUGGACCAUAUAAAUGUGAGGUAUGUGGGAAAACAUUUCAUUAUCCCAGUUUAUUUCGUAUACAUGAAAGAACACACACUGGAGAGAAACCCUAUGAAUGUAAACAAUGUGGUAAAGCCUUUAAGUGUCCCAGUUCUGUUCGAAAUCAUGAAACAACUCACUCUGGUGAGAAACCCUAUGAAUGUAAGCAGUGUGGGAAAGCCUUCAGUUGUCCAAGUUACAUUCGAAUGCAUGUAAGAACACAUGCUGGAGAGAAACCUUAUGAAUGUGAGGAAUGUGGGAAAAUAUUCACUUGUCUCAAAAGUGUUCGAAGACACAUGAUAAUACACAGUGGAGAGAGACCUUAUAAAUGUAAGCAAUGUGGGAAAGCCUUCAGUAGUUCCAGUUAUGUUAGAAUACAUGAAAGAACUCACACUGGAGAGAAACCCUAUGAAUGUAAGCAGUGUGGGAAAGGCUUAAGUAGUUCUAAUUCCUUUCGAAGACAUGAAAAAAUUCAUACUGGAGAGAAACCUUAUGAAUGUAAUGAAUGUGGGAAAGCCUUCAGGUGUCAAAAUUCCUUGUAUAAACAUGGAAAGACUCAUAGCAAAGAAUAAUUGUACAAGUAUAAGACAUGUGAUAAAGUCUUCUGUUGUUUCAGUCAUGGAUAUGUGAAUGAAUUUAAUACUGUACAGACACCCUGUGGAUGUAAGGGAUGUUGGAAAAUACUCUCUUGUCCCAGUUCCUUUUGUAAGAAUGAAAGAACUGAUCCUGAGGAGAAAUCCUACCUAAGGAAUGCAGGAAAGCAGAUAAUCUCACAGCCUUUCUAGCACACACAAGAAUGCAUGUGUAGAGAACUACUAUGAAUGGAGUUUGGAAAAGCUUUUAAUCCUCACAGUUCAAUUCAAAGCCAUGGAAGAAUGCACAGGGAAAGAAUAUGAACGGUAUUCAAAUGUCUUCAGUUGGCUUACGUCCUAACAGCAUGUAAAAAUUUACAUUGGGGCUGGGGAUGUAGCUUAGUGGCAGAGCAUUUGCCUAGCAUAUGUGAAGCCCUAGGUUUGAUCCCCAACACUGAAAAAAAUAAACCAACCAAGGAAUUUUCAAUUUAACAAACAUUUCAAAGAUUUUGUGGAAACUACCAAUGUUUUGAAAUUCUAUAUAUCAAAGAAAUAUAAAAUGCUUGAUACAAACUAAUUUGGGUGUAUUGCUCACCAGAAACCACAAUUUGAAGGAAAUGUUAUAAAAGCUAUACCUUUAUUAAUAAUCUUUAUCAGUGACUUUCUCUUAAAGUAGAUCUCUCUGCUAUGGAUUUCAAAAUCUUAUUCUCACAAAGAAAUGUUGAACUGAGAUAAUUCUGUAAGUACCCUUGAAUUAAUGAGUUCAAUAGGUAUUGUUUUUUCUCUUAUGCCAGUUAAUAUUUUUUUUUCUCAUUCAUUUUAUAUAUGUAAGUUUAUAAGAUUCCUGAAUGAAUUGAGAUGUAGUUCUAUUAUGCAGUAGAUCUGAUUUUUUUUAUAUAGUUUUAAAUUAUUCUGUGGUUAAUGGAACAUUGAAAAAUUAGUCUUUGUUAAUAGUUGAGUGUUUUGUCAGGUAUUUUGGUGUUUGUUGAAUCAGGGUCUUGUUAUAUCAUUCAGGCUGAUCUUCAAACUCUUGGGUUCAAGGGUUCCUCCAGCCUUAGACUUCUGAGUAGCUGGGACUACAGGCAUGCACCACUGUGCCCACAAUUAUUGAGAGUUUUGUCACUGUCCUAAAUCGGCAGAUUUGGGAUAUCCCUUUUCUAUUAUAUACUUUCUACCCUUCUUUAUUGUGGGGGAAAAUUUGGUAUAAUGAAGUUCAUUCUCUUCUCAUUGCUAAUAAAUAAUUGGCAUUAAUUUGUAAA